UCGACCACAUUCACCACAAUCAUCAUGGCGUUCGACCUCACCAUCGGCACAGAGCCCGUAGAGGCAUUGGAGGCCUCCAUUAUGGAGGAACUGGAGAAAAGAGGGUUUACUCCAGAGCCAGACAAGGUAAUGGCGGAAUUUAUCACAAUCAUGCUUGUCAACAACAAGACAGCGGAGCAAAUCAAUGCGGAACUUGAGGAACUAAUUGGAGCCAGUGAAUAUGACCCGGACUUUACUGUCUGGCUUUUUGAAGAAGCAGCGAGGAAAUCUCAACCCGUAUCAGAGCCCGCUGCGCCUCCUGCGGCACCCAGCAAGCCGGAAGGGCGUACCUCAUCUCCCGAAUCUGCGCGUCGUACUCCGACCGGUCCACGCACUGGCGCCACGCCGUUGUACAAUCAUGCCCUCAGCCAAGCACUUCCAUCUGGACCGUCCGCUGGGCAGAAACGACCAGCAUCUGCUCGUUCUCCGUCUCCUGUAGGAGGUCACGCGAACAAAAACCGGAAGUUGGACCUACCAACCGGUCCUCGAGCGAUGCAUAGUCGGGAAGGGAAUCAACAACGAACUCUUCUAGAUCGCAUGGGAGGACGGGCACAGGGCGGGCCUCGUUAUGGGCGGGACGAAAUCCAAGCUCGAAUUGAAGCCGUAACGCUUCAAGGAGCGAUGAAUGGAAUGAAUGGAGGGUUUAAUAACGGAAUGGGUGGAAUGAUGAUGCCAGGCAACGAUAUGGCAGCGGCUGCGGCUGCGGCUGGAAUGGGUGGUGGCAUGAUGAACCCUAUGGCGUUCCAGGAGAUUAUGAUGAACCAAAUGGCACUCAUGGCACAGAUGGCGAGCAGCAUAAGUUUGCUUAAUAACAACCAAGGUCAAUCAAAUGGACCAAACGGUUUCCCGAACACGCCACUCCCGGACGGGCAGCAACAGAACCAACAGCAGUUCCAACACAGACGAGGUGGGCCGCCUGCCGGCCGUGGCGGAGGACAUGGACAAUUGAAAGCCCAAUGGGUAGCACCGCGCCUUACAGAUGCCAGCAAAAGCCAGAACCAAGCGUCGCCAUCCCCAGCGCCUGCAAUUCAGGCCCCCACUCCACAGCAAGCUACCGCGUCAGUGGAAGCUGCGUCUUCGGGCUUGAAACAAUUCACCCCUCCCGAGCGCCCUCAGUCUCCUUCACUAUGCAAAUUCGGACUUAAAUGCACGAAUGCGCUAUGUCGAUAUUCGCACGCAAGUCCGGUUGCCACGCCUGAAAGUGGGGUCGUUCUAAGUAAUGAUCCCUGCGAAGCGGGCAUCGAAUGUAACGAUAAAGAUUGUAUUAAGGCGCACGUUAGCCCAGCUGCUAAAGGCGUCACCUCUGUACCAAUCAAACCGAAACCAAAAGUCGAAGCCGCCGCUCCAAGCCCACCUAAACCUCCCUGCCGAUACGGUGCAAACUGCACGAAAGUUGCUUCUGGCCAAUGUCCCUUCUCACAUCCUUUCAUACCCAAAUCAACUUCUUCGCAUGCAGCGACGACGCAAUGUCGAUUCGGUGCCGGUUGCACUCGCGCAACGUGUCCAUUCCAACAUCCACCGGGACGCGUGCUUCCGGGGACGUUCCACCGUGGGUUGGCAGAGAACGCGCCGACGGUUACUGUCCCGACACCUGAAACAGGUUCGAUUGGUGGCCCAAGUCCACAUCGGUCUGUUGUGUUCAACAAAUCUGCGACGACUGCCACGGACAAAGAGCAGUCUGAGCAGAAGGAGAGCGAGGGUGCAGGUGCGACUGUAGAAGCUGCGGCUUGAACACUGAACAGAGGGAUCUUCGCCGGUCGCUUUGUAAUGUACGGCGACAGCGUCUACCUACCAACACAUAUCAACAUCAAUAUCACCAUUUUUCCUGAACUCAGGAGGCUCAAAACACUUUCAUCUCAUGUUUUUCUUCUUACCGUAUCGUAUAUAGUCGACUGUACCAGUUCUUCUUUCUCCGUAUUUUUCACUCUCAUUUCAUUUCAUUCCUCGCAAGGUCACUCAAUUUGCGCAGGGAGCCUGUUCCCACUUCAACUGUAAUGCAUUCGCACUCGUAGUAGCAGCGUAUUGUAGCCACAGUAGUUAGGUAGCCGUACUUCUGUUCAAGGUAUCCAGGACGGGGCGAGGGCAAAGGGCGAAGGAUUGGAUUGGGGACAAAUACAACGUAAAGAACUUUGAAGGGUGUUGCAUAAAAGGAUUGCACACCCGAAGUCCCUCGCACACCAUUGUUAUAUCUCAAGUCAGUUCUGAAG